GUCUAUUAAGGGUACGUUGUGUAAGGAUCUAAAAUGAAGAGCACAGCACUGAGUUUGGCAAUCCUAUUUACCAGUCUAUUUAGUGACAGCACAUCGUUCUUUUGUAAUGUUAGUGUUGGAGGAGAUCCCUCUAAUUGGCCCAAGCUUCCAGAUCUCCCAAAUUCUUUCAAAUCAAAUAUAGAGAUAAACAUGCUUGAAGAAAGCUCUACUUUGGAUGCAGUGGAAUAUUUCGAUAACUUGGGAAAUAGGGUAGCAUUAUAUACAACAAAGGAAGGACUGGAUGGAGUAGCUGUAUACGACUUCCCCACUAAUGAAGUUUUCUAUGUGACACAUGGAGUUUGUUUGGUUGCUAACAUAACACAGAGACCAGAAGCUGACUUGUUUGGAGUGACUGAGUCAGAUGGAUUCUUGCAUGUUAUGUCCAGCAGUACUGCCCUCAAGUUUGGACAGCAAUACAAUGAGACUUACAUGGGAACAGAUAUAAUAAGAGGGAUAAAUGUUGAUCACUGGAGAUCAUGUUUACAUUGGAAUAGAUCAAAUGCUAAUUUUACUGUUGACUACUACUUCUCAAGACCCAACUCUUGGAAGACAUCUUCGGAUUUCCUCACUGUUCCUGUAAGAGCAGACGUGCAAGGAGCAUAUAUUACUGGAGAUGGUAGCACUAAAGCUAUUCACCAUAUUUAUGAAUACCAUGCGUUUACAGGAAGUCUAGACCUUGAUAGUAAUCCAACUGUAUUUGAGACACCUCCAGGUGUAAUAUGUAAAGGUAGGAAAAAGACUAAGCCAGUACCAGAUUUCCCUCAACAGUUUUACUACAGACAAGAACUUGUUGUGUCAGGAAUUGUAACAUAUAUAGAUGUGUGGUAUAUAGAAAAGUAUAAAUAUUUGAGAUAUGAUUCCCGUCCACUAAGACCUACGAAUGCUUUCUAUACAACUAACCCAGUGACUGAAAUACUGGAUUACAAUACAGGUGUAUAUUUCUAUAAAGACAAUAUAUUGGGUAACUGUACAAUAUUACCUCUAAAGAAAUCCUCAUUUGGUGCCAAGUUAAGCCCUUCAUUGACAAAUCAUACAGGAGAUUUCAGGUUGGGUAUGCAGAACCCAUUGGAAUUGUUCUAUCUGGAUAAAGGCUAUACUUUUGUGGGAACGAGACCUUGUAGAGAACUAACUUGUGAUGUAUUUUCUGCUAUCAAAAGCAAUUUUGUAAUAAAUGGACAGUUGGAUCCUGCAAAUACAACCAUUGAAGUAUUUAUAUUAUGUACUGAUUGUGGUUUAACUAUUUAUCCAGAGAAUGGUCAAGAUGUUCCAACAGUUGUACCAGUUAUGAUGACAUUACUUGCUGAUUCAGUUGGUUAUUCAGAGACCAUACAGUUUUAUGAUUUUGAUGAUAGUGAUCCUGACCUCUCUGUAUUUGACGUGUCUUCAUGCUACAAUGAUAUGUUAUUUUCAGUUUUCAGGUUGGUUAUUCAGAGACCAUACAGUUUUAUGAUUUUGAUGAUAGUGAUCCUGACCUCUCUGUAUUUGACGUGUCUUCAUGCUACAAUGAUAUGUUAUUUUCAGGUUGGUUAUUCAGAGACCAUACAGUUUUAUGAUUUUGAUGAUAGUGAUCCUGACCUCUCUGUAUUUGACGUGUCUUCAUGCUACAAUGAUAUGUCAAAGUUGAAUUUUAAUCUCAGAUUGCCAGGUAGAUUGGCUACAGACAGACAUACAGCAGCAUUAGAGUUGACACGUCUAAAAUUAGCAGAGACUAUGGGAAUAGAAAUAACUAGAUUACAAAAUUUCAGGAUCGAUAUAGAUUAUGCUGAUGUGUAUAUACAUGCAUCUUUACUUGACCGUACUCCUGCUACAUCUCAAUUUAAUUAUGUUGGUAAUAUAGAAGUAAUAGAUCAAGGAACUAUGUAUAUUGGUAAUGUCCUGACUCCAAUGCAGUGUGCUGAUUUGUGUAUUAAUGUAAACUUUACAUGUAACAGCUUUGACUUCUGUCAAAAAGACCCACAGAAAACGUGUAGACUCAAUCAAAAACAUGUUUCUGAUGGAUUAAAGACACAAACAAGCAAUGUGUGUGGACAUUUUUCAAGAACAGUGAAUGGUCCCAGAAUACCAGAAAAGACCAUACUACAAGCUUAUCAGGCAUUAAGACUAGCAGUCUAUGGUAAAAAGUUUCAAAUACAAGUAGAAAUGGAUAAUCAGGAGAUGUUAUACUAUCUUGCUGUUGAUACAUCAGUAGAGUUUGGUGCGGCCAAACCUACAAUUAUGCCGAAGAUCAGUGGUCAGGUCUCAUACACUCAAGAAGUCGUUAUUCCAAAUUUAAACCAGGUUUUUGUCAGCAAGGUAUGGUAUGACUCAAGCCUCAAAUUGGCUAGAUAUGACUACCAUGAUUCUAAAGGGGUGCCACCAUUCUAUUCCAUCAAUCCAAUGACUAUAAUACAUGACUUUAGUACAGGUCUUCAGUAUGUGAUAGACAAGUAUUAUGAGAACUGUACUAUAUCACCAAUCACACCAGGCCAAUUAGACUCAGAACUCAAUUCACAAGAGUACAUGAAAGACAAGGCUUAUGUGAUUAAAAUGAAAAGUCCAAUAGAACUCUUCCACUUAGAUACAAAAACAAGAUAUGUAGGACAGAAAACUGUGAGGAAUUUAUUAUGUGAUGUAUUCUUGGGAAUGAUACAGAGUUAUACCAUGCCUGGACUCAAUGGUUCUCAUCCUGCUGUACUAGAGUAUUACUUCUUGACAGGUGGUUGGACAGAAGUUGGAAAAGACGACGCUGAUAUCAAUCAAUUUGUUCCUAUUAAAUUAGAUAUAACAAUAGUAGAUCAAGGUCUCUUCUUGACCUAUAAUUUUUUCAACGUUGAAGUCAGUCACCCUGAUAUAAUGGUAUUUGAUAUCCAGAUAUGUUAUACAGACAAACAGCAGCAUCGAUUCCAAAUCAAAUUCCCUGGUCCUUUCCACCCCUAUAUCGACAUCAAUAGGAAGAUGUUUGUAGAGUUAGCUGUAUUAGAGACCAGUCAAGCUGCUAAUGUUUCUCCACUAAGAGUCCAGGAAGCUAGGAUUGACCAUGAUGAUGAUAAUAUUUACGUCACAGCUACACUGAUGGACAAACCACCAUUUUUGGCUGAAUUCACAAAGAUUGCAGGGAAGGUGAUGCCACAUAAGUCUGCAGGUUUUUUCACCAACAUAGCAACAGCUGAUGAUUGUGCUCAUGCCUGUGUUCAGACGAAGAGUUUCCCUUGUAACAGUUUUGACAUCUGUUCGUCAGUACAUUAUUGUUUUAUCAGUACAGAGCAUGUAGCAUUUGGAGAACUUGUUAGUAAUGGAACAAUUUGUGAUCAUUAUUCAAGAACAGAAAAUGCUACAGUGAUACCAAGCCCAGAUCUUUAUACAGCCUAUAUUAACCUGAAAAAUGAUAUUUACUCAGGGAUCUUAAAAGUUAACAUACCUACUAUAAAUGAUACUAUAAAAACCUACACAGCAUUGACAAUAAGGGACACAAUGUCACAACAGACCAAUGUUCCACAAGGUGGGAGACCACUAAAAAGUUUUAGUCUAUUUAAAAACAAUGUAAUUUAUCAACAUAAUGACGAGACCUUGACAGGAGUAGCAGUAGAUGAUUGUGCCAUGGCCUGUUUGUUGGAAGAGUUGUUCGAUUGUCAAUCAUUUGAAUACUGUCAAGGCACAGAGAUUUGUUAUCUCAGUAAAGUACAACCAGAUAUCAAUACUACAUUACUGGUGCCCAGUGAUUCAUGUAAUCUGUAUUCAAGGUUGUAUUUGGACAGAUAUGAUAAGACCCCAGGUGUGAUGUACACAACCCCAGGGUAUGAAACUAUAACUGGUAUCCAGACAGCUAAUCUAUGUGCUCAGAGGUGUUCUAAGGAACCUGGGUGUAAAUCAUUUGACUAUUGUGUCAACACUUUAUCAUGUCAGCUGAGACGGACUCAUAAACUAGACAUGCCUAACAUCACCAUGACAGUAAAGGCCACAUGUAAUCAUUAUUCACGUAAAUAUAUCAAUGAUUUUGUGAUAAAGACUGGCAGAGAUAUGAUGAUAGAUUCCAGUCAGGAGAUCAUUGGUAUAACAGCUGAUCAAUGUGCCAAACUGUGUGUAGAUCAGGAAGCUGGUAACUGUAGGUCAUUUAUAUACUGUGGGAACCAGACUGUCUGUCGACUCAAGUCAAUGCCGUCUAAACAGGAUGUGGUAGCUAGUCAAUAUUGUGACUUAUAUCUCAGAAGUUUUAAUCCAGAUUUGCCAGGACCUGCACAUGGAUGUAAUAAUUCAAAUCUACCACCAUCCAUAUGGACAACAAAUCCACAAUAUACAUCACGUAUAGUUACCAACCCUGCACAAUCUCAUGGUACACAGGUACCUGUCAUUACUAAUAGACAGGGGAUUACCAGUACACAUGCUGCAUCAAAAUCAACCAAUACAAAUAAUGCAUCAAAACGAAACAACAGUAUUUGUUCUCCACAGCAACAAGUAGAUACUAAAAAUAAUCCAGGUGUUAUGGUAGGACUGGCGUUUGGUGUGUUUAUACCUGGACUUAUAUUUGGAGCACUUGUCAUGUACUUUUAUAAGAAAUACUCAAUAAGAUCUGAUGAUAUGCAUAUGGAACUCAUUAAUGAUAAUAAAUAAUUUAUUGAAGAAUCUGACUCUAGUCCAAAUUUCCAGGAAUCACUAGUAUUUUCAGCAUUGUUAGAUGACUCAUCAUGACAAUGCAUACCUCAGUCCUAUAGGCAACAAUUCAAAUAAAGGACUGCAAAACUUUUUAGUUAAAAAUUGACUUUUCAUUGAAAUAUGGUCAUUUGUUAAGAAUGACAGUUAUAAUAUUAUAAUAUUCUGAAAUAAGUGUUGAUACAGAAAAGGAUGGGGGAUUUGUUGAAUAUUGAAUUUUAAUACUUAAUGCAGGGAUAGAACCUUUAUUUUUAUCCUGUCUGUUUCAAAUUUGUAGGAUGGCUUUCAGACGUUUGUCAAAAUCUUUUAUAAAUUAAAUCUGAACUGAGGACCUAUAUUAAUAAUAUGAAAAUGAGAGACAUGAGCUUGUGCUGGAUAUUAAAUGUUCUUUAAUAAAUUUCUUGGUGAAUGGUUCACAUUUUCUUUCAUCAAACUGAUAGUCCUUUGUAGUCUAUUAAUUACAUAAAUGUGUUUUGAAUUGAUAUAUCGUGAAACGAAAAAAUAUUAUCACUGGGUAAUCCUGUCCCACAACCUUCCCUCAUCUUCUUAAAACCUACCCCAUGCUUUCUUUUUUUAUCCCAGAGUAGGAACUAUGUCCUUCCUAUUCCAGUUAAAAGACAAUUUUAAAUCAAAGAGAGGUAACAUCUAUCAUUUUGGUCCCUAAUUGAGAGUUGUCUCCCUUCAAAUCAUGCCACAUGUUCUUAUUUUUAUAUAUCCUUUAAUUCAUUUUUUAGAAUUUGACCUAGAAGUUAUUACAUGUAUAUAUUUAUUUUGUAUGGGUUGAGUGCAAUAUUAUUCAGAAAAUGCAUUAUUUUUACUGUUCAAUGUUCCGUCAUUUUAUUUCAUUUCUUAUAAAGAUUUUAAAAUAUCUAGUGUUUUGUCUUAUUUAUUUUUAGCUAAAGUAUUUAUAGAAAUAUUUUUGACUAUAUUACUGCUGCUCAUUUCAAGUAACAGUAGCAGUGGAUUAGCUGGUAAACUGUCAAUCAUAAAAGAAUUAUAUGGUGUUUUAGAUAUACUUUAUUAUGUUGAAGUAUUGGUCAGUUUUUUCAGUGAAAUGAAAUUCUGGUUGGUUUUUCAUAAUUCAGACAAUAGUUUUAUAUAUUGUUGCAUUCUCUGUUUGCCAGUUUUCUAGUCAUUCAGUGAUUCAAUGUGUUGACAAUGCUGAUGCCAUCAUAUUGCCUUGUACCUGUGAAAAAAGGAGAUGAGGGUAUACAUCAGUAUCAGGUACAUUUAGGACAAUCUUGAAUGCACUUAAUUCUAUUUUACUAACCAUGGCAUUUUUCAAGUAAAUAUGAUGUGUUGCCCUUUAUGAGAAUGAGCAGAUUUUAUAAGGCAACUACUGUGAUUAAAAUACUUUACCAGUUGAUGAAACUUAAUGAGUUAACAUUUUAGAAGAUAUUUUGAUUAAAGUGCUGGUGGUGAUUGCAACAAUAGAAAAUGGCAAUUGUAUGUCUAAUUGUGAACCAAUGUCAUAAAAAGUCCUAUAAAAUGAGCAUCUACAAAUUUGGAAGAAAGUUUUGACAAAUAAAUACUGCAUUAAAAAUGGAAGUGUGUGAAUUUGAAGUACUCCAUAAUUCCAUGCACAUAUCUUAAAAAGACAUGAAAGAAGUGACAAUUUAAGAUCUUUUGUAUUGUUUAUCAAUUUUUUUUGAAAAAACUGAAACUGUUAUUCCAGUUCUUUCUUAAGACAUCUGCCCCAUUAAAUAGGAUGUAUUCUAGUUAGCCAGUAAAUCAAUAAAAACUGAAAUACAGUUCUCAAUGCUCCUUAUUGUUAAUUACACAAAGAAACUCAAAAGUAUUUGGAUUAUAUCAUUUGAGCAACCACGUCAAGUAUGAAUGACAUAUUGUGGGUCAAUUCUUGGGAUAUUUUAUAAGUGUGUAAUAGAUGUGCCUUGAUGUACCUAGGUUAAUUCCCCUUAAUUUGGACAGAUUAUUAAUUUAGUAUUUAAAUGUUUAUUUUAAGUUUAAUUUUAUUUAAACACAGUAAGAUAAAAAUAAGGAUUGUUAAUUUAACUGUUUUAGUAUUUAACUUUCGAUGUUUUUAUAAUGUAUUAUGAAUAGUUUUUUAUUCAACUUUUCUUCAGUACCUUUUCAGUUAAAGUUACCCUGUUUAAUGACAAGUUUAGAAUAUCAUUUGAUAUUGAGUCGUUCAAGGGCUGUAUAGCCAGUCAAGGUCGUUUAAAACUUCCAUUUGUUUGAUAUUCAGCCGGAGUCAGCCUUGCACAGGCCUCCAAAUACUCGCCGGACUGUAUCAGUUCACUUGAGUUUAGAGUUGGCCACCACUUUGGUGCAGUUCGCUAGAGUUAGUCACCCCUUUAUUGGUGCAUUUUCAAUCUUAAUUACACAACGCGAAGCUAAUUUACUUUACUUUAAAGACUAACUCUGGGAACACUUCAUUUUCAUUUUACCUUUGAAAUUACUCUAUUUUUGAACUUCAGUUUAGAAAGUUUUUUGACUCCUGUUUAUCCGACUUUG